AUGGCAGGACGACUAUUGCAGACCAAUCUGAAUCACUGUGCCAGAGCACAGGACUUAUUUGUCCAGACUCUGGCGGAGUGGAACAUCGGUUUGGCGGUGGCAGCCGAACCUUAUUAUGUUCACCCCAACAGAUCUGGAUGGCUGGGUGAUGAGGAUGGGCAGGUGGCGAUUGUAGGGCAGUCUCUUCCUGGCGGUCCACCCUUGGCUCUUAAAGAAAAGGGUGAGGGAUACGUUGCAGCUGAAUGGGGGGAAAUAAUAAUCAUUGGGGUGUAUUUCUCACCAAAUCGGGAUACGGAUGAAUUUGAGAGAUUUCUUGAGAGCAUAAAUAGAGUUCUCAACAGAUUCAACCCCAAGCCGAUACUUGUGAUGGACGAUCUGAACGCCAAAGCAGUUGAGUGGGGCUCAGCAACAAGCAAUGCCAAGGGGGAGAUCCUAACGCAAUGGCGGAAAGAGAUCUCCAUAUAUGUAACCGAGGAACGGUAUACACAUGCGUGCGGCAUAAUGGGGGUUCAAUAG